AUGGCUUCACCUUCAGAGUUCCUGACCUUCUACCGCCGCACUGCCCGCCUUAGCACCUUGAGACAGUCUCGCCUCGUACCAGCAUCUCCCCGCCGCACCUUCGUUUCGUCGACAUGUCGUUACAGCAGCGGCGGUAAGCUCAGCACCGACGACAGCGUCGCCACCGAAGCAUACCCCGACAGUGAGCACGCCACCAACAAGAAGGACAAGCUGGACGUUCAGAGUGCCAACGCUGCCGAGGGCCANGAAGUAUAUAUUCUCCCACCUUGCCUAGAUCAUUGCUUGUACUCACAAUCAUGCGCUUCUAGGGCCAAGAGCCGCGACGAGGGCGGCACUGCUACCCAGCACAGAGACUCAAACAACAGCACCGCAAAGGCAAAGAAGGAGAAUCCCGAGGCUCCAGAUGUUGUCAUUGGCAUGCAGGACGAGAGAGGUGGAAAGGGUGCUUAG